AUGCGUUUUUCCUAUACAUUGAAGGUAGAGAUAGACCUAUCUCCGUCGAAUAUUAACUUCUUCUUCUUCUUCUUCUUCUUCUUCUUCUUCUUCUUCUUCUUCUUCUUCUUCUAUUAUUGGUAUAAGAGUAGUUUUAAUGAGCCACAGUCAUCAUCAUCUUCGACGCGAAUUCCAUGCGUUUUUUCCUAUACAUUGAAGGUAGAGAUAGACCUAUCUCCGUCGAAUAUUAACUUCUUCUUCUUCUUCUUCUUCUUCUUCUUCUUCUUCUUCUUCUUCUUCUUCUUCUUCUAUUAUUGGUAUAAGAGUAGUUUUAAUGAGCCACAGUCAUCAUCAUCUUCGACGCGAAUUCCAUGCGUUUUUUCCUAUACAUUGAAGGUAGAGAUAGACCUAUCUCCGUCGAAUAUUAACUUCUUCUUCUUCUUCUUCAUUAUCUUCUUCUUCUUCUUCUUCUUCUUCUUCUUCUUCUUCUUCUAUUAUUGGUAUAAGAGUAGCUUUAAUGAGCCACAGUCAUCAUCAUCUUCGACGCGAAGAGCAUCUUUUUCGCAACUCCUCUAUUUUCAACUGGGCAUUCCAUGCGUUUUUUCCUGUUCAUUGAAGAUAGAGAUAGACCUAUCUCCGUCGAAUAUUAACUUCUUCUUCUUCUCUUUCUUCAUCAUCAUCUUCUCCUUCUUCUUUUUCUUCUCCUUCUUCUUCUUCAUCUUCUUCUACUUCUUCUUUUUUUCUUCUUCUUUUUCUUCUUCUUCUCUUUCUUCUUCUUCUUCUACUUCUUCUUCUUCUUCAUCUUCUUCUUCAUCUUCUUCUUCUCCUCCUUCUUCUUCUUCUUCUUCUUCUUUUCUUCUUCUUCACCUUCUUCUUCUUCUUCUUCAUCUUCUUCUUUAUCUUCUUCUACUUCUUCUUUUCUUCUUCAUCUUCUCUUUCUUCUUCUUCUUCUACUUCUUCAUCUUCUUCUUCAUCUCCUUCUACUACUUCUUUUUUUCUUCUUCUUUUUCUUCUUCUUCUACUUCUUCUUCUUUUUCUUCUACUUCUUCUUCUUCUUCUUCUUUUCUUCUUCUUUUUUUCUUCUUCUUCUACUUCUACUUCUUAUUCUUUUUCUACUUCUUCUUCUUGUUCUUGUUCUUCUUUUUCUUCUUCUUCUUCUACUUCUUUUUCUUCUACUUCUUAUUCUUUUUAUUCUUCUUCUUCUUCUUCUUUUCUUCUUUUUUUCUUCUUCUUCUUCUACUUCUUCUUCUACUUCUUAUUCUUUUUCUACUUCUUCUUUUUCUUCUUCUUCUUCUUUUUCUUCUUCUUCUUCUACUUCUUUUUCUUCUACUUCUUAUUCUUUUUAUUCUUCUUCUACUUCUUCUUCUUCUUGCCUCACCUGCUAUCCUCUUCCGCCUAACCUGCUAUUCUCUUUCGUCUCAUCUGCUAUCCUCUUUCGUCUCACCAGCUAUUCUCUUCCGCCUCACCUGCUAUUCUCUUCCGCUUCACCUGCUAUUCUCUUCCGCCACACCUGCUAUUCUCUUCCGCCUCACCUGCUAUCCUCUUCCGCCUCACCUGCUGUCCUCUACCGCCUCACCUGCUAUUCUCUUUCGCCUCACCUGCUAUUCUCUUUCGCCGCACCUGCUAUCCUCUUCCGCCUCACCUGCUAUCCUCUUCCGCCUCACCUGCUAUUCUCUUCCACUUCACCUGCUAUCCUCUUUCGUCGCACCUGGCUAUUCUCUAACGCCUCACCUGCUAUACUCUUCCGCCUCACCUGCUAUACUCUUCCGCCUCACCUGCUAUACUCUUCCGUCUCACCUGCUAUUCUCUUCCGUCUCACCUGCUAUCCUCUUCCGCCUCAACUGCUAUUCUCUUUCGCCACACCCGCUAUUCCCUAAGGCCUCACCUGCUAUCCUCUUCCGCCUAACCUGCUAUUCUCUUUCGUCUCAUCUGCUAUCCUCUUUCGUCUCACCUGCUAUUCUCUUCCGCCUCACCUGCUGUCCUCUUCUGCCUCACCUGCUAUUCUCUUCCGCCACACCUGCUAUCCUCUUCUGCCUCACCUGCUAUUCUCUUCCGCCACACCUGCUAUUCUCUUCCGCUUCACCUGCUAUCCUCUUUCGUCGCACCCGCUAUUCUCUAACGCCUCACCUGCUAUACUCUUCCGCCUCACCUGCUAUACUCUUCCGCCUCACCUGCUAUACUCUUCCGUCUCACCUGCUAUUCUCUUCCGUCUCACCUGCUAUCCUCUUCCGCCUCAACUGCAAUUCUCUUUCGCCCACCCGCUAUUCCCUAAGGCCUCACCUGCUAUCUUCUUCCCUCACCCUGCUAUGCUCUUCCGCCUCACCUGCUAUACUCUUCCGUCUCACCUGCUAUUCUCUUCCGUCUCACCUGCUAUCCUCUUCCGCCUCAUCUGCUAUCCUCUUUCGUCUCACCUGCUAUUCUCUUCCGCCUCACCUGCUGUCCUCUGCCUCACCUACUAUUCUCUUCCGCCACCUGCUAUCCUCUUCUGCCUCACCUGCUAUUCUCUUCCGCCACCUGCUAUUCUCUUCCUUCACCUGCUACCCUCUUUCGUCGCACCCGCUAUUCUCUAACGCCUCACCUGCUAUACUCUUCCGCCUCACCUGCUAUACUCUUCCGCCCUCACCUGCUAUACUCUUCCGUCUCACCUGCUAUCCUCUUCCGCCUCACCUGCUAUCCUCUUCCGCCUCAACUGCUAUUCUCUUUCGCCACACCCGCUAUUCCCUAAGGCCUCACCUGCUAUCCUCUUCCGCCUCACCUGCUGUCCUCUUCCGUCUCACCUGCUGCCUCACCUGCUAUCCUCUUCCGCCUAACCUGCUAUUCUCUUUCGUCUCAUCUGCUAUCCUCUUUCGUCUCACCUGCUAUUCUCUUCCGCCUCAACUGCUGUCCUCUUCUGCCUCACCUGCUAUUCUCUUCCGCCACACCUGCUAUCCUCUUCUGCCUCACCUGCUAUUCUCUUCCGCCACACCUGCUAUUCUCUUCCGCUUCACCUGCUAUCCUCUUUCGUCGCACCCGCUAUUCUCUAACGCCUCACCUGCUAUACUCUUCCGCCUCACCUGCUAUACUCUUCCGCCUCACCUGCUAUACUCUUCCGUCUCACCUGCUAUACUCUUCCGUCUCACCUGCUAUUCUCUUCCGUCUCACCUGCUAUCCUCUUCCGCCUCAACUGCUAUUCUCUUUCGCCACACCCGCUAUUCCCUAAGGCCUCACCUGCUAUCCUCUUCCGCCUCACCUGCUGUCCUCUUCCGUCUCACCUGCUGUCCUCUUCUGCCUCACCUGCUAUUCUGUUCCGCCUCACCUGCUGUCCUCUUCUGCCUCACCUGCUAUUCUCUUCCGCCACACCUGCUAUCCUCUUCCGCCUCACCUGCUAUUCUCUUUCGCCGCACCUGCUAUCCUCUUUCGCCUCACCCUACCCUCUUCCGCCUCAACUGCUAUUCUCUAACGCCUCACCUGCUAUUCUCUUCCGCCACACCUGCUAUUCUCUUCCGCCUCACCUGCUAUCCUCUUCCGCCUCACCUGCUGUCCUCUUCCGCCUCACCUGCUAUUCUCUUCCACCUCACCUGCUAUUCUCUUUCGCCGCACCUGCUAUCCUCUUCCGCCACACCUGCUAUCCUCUUCCGCCUCACCUGCUAUUCUCUUCCACUUCACCUACUAUCCUCUUUCGUCGCACCCGCUAUUCUCUAA